AUGUCCGAAAUUAAAACUGCCAAAGACACCCUUGUUGCUUCCCUCUUUUCAUUGUCCAAAGCCGCCAAUGAUGCUGCCAAUGCUGCCGUUGAAUUCUACAAAGUAGCUACUAACGGUUCUGAUGAUGUUGCUGCUGAUCAAUUGAAAUCAAUCAGUGAUGCUUUGAAAGUCGCUACUGACUUAUCUUCUGGAGCUCUUAAAGUUGAAGGUGGUGAAACUAAGAAGAGAAAGAAGCAAGUUAAAGAUCCUAAUGCUCCAAAGAAACCAUUGACUAUGUUUUUCCAAUUUUCUUAUGAUCUUAGAAAACAAAUUGGUGUUGAAAGAAAGAGAAAAGAUUUACCUUCCUUAUCUGCUAUUGAUAUGAACUCCAUGAUCAAAGAACGUUGGGAUAACAUUACUGCCGAAGAAAAAGCUGCUUAUAAGAAGAGAUAUGAUGAUGCUAUGAUUAUUUACAACGAAGAAAAGAAGAAAUACGAAACUUCCUUGGUUGAUGGUACUUCUUACCACCCACCAAAGAGUGUUCAAUCUCCUAUUGUUGAAGAAGUCAUUAGUCCAGAACUUCUUGAAGAAAUUCAUGCUGAACCACCAACAAGCAUUGAAGAACCAAAAAAGAAAAAGAAGAAGUCUGAAAAGAAAGAAAAGAAAAAGAAGUCCCACUCUAGCCAUGGUUCUUCAUAA